UCCUCUGCAGCCUCUGCGGUGGCAUCUUCCCCGGCGAGGCCCAGCUGGCGCGGCACCACCGGCAGCUCCACCACGAGGUGGUCACCACCAUGGGGACCACCACGAUGACCACACCACCACCGAUGGAGGAGGAGACCACCACCAUGGUGACCACCACGAUGACCACACCACCACCGAUGGAAGGGGAAACCACCACAAUGACCACCACAAUGACCACACCACCACCGAUGGAGGGGGAAACCACCACGGUGACCAUGAUGGAGCCACCACCACCACCACCGAUGGAGGAGGAAACCUCUUGUGAGGGGUUUUGGCAAAUCUGUGGCUACUGCGGGCGGCCCUUCGGCGACCUGCCCACCCUCCGGGAGCACAGCCGGGGCCACCGCGCCGAAGAAGAGGCCGCCAUGGCCCACCUGGUGGCCACCCGAGGACAACCCCGUCCCUACGCCUGUAGCCUCUGUGGAAAGACCUACCGCCACGGGGGCAGCUUGGUCAACCACCGCCAGAGCCACCAAACCGGCGUCUUCUCCUGCUCCUCCUGCGCGCGGCGCUACCCCAACCUGGCCGCCUUCCGUACCCACCUCCGCAACCACCCCCGCUGCAAGGGUGGGCCACCAACCACCUCCACGCGGCCACCAACAACCCGUGGUGGCAACAACCAGGAGGAGGAGAAGGAGGAGAAGGAGGAGGAGCGUCCCUUCCGCUGCGAGGUGUGUGGCCGUGGCUACAAGCACGCCGGGAGCUUGGUCAACCACCGGCAGAGCCACACCACCGGCCUCUUCCGCUGCGGCUUGUGCCACAAGGCCUUUGGCAACCUGAUGGCCCUCAAGAACCACCGGCGUGGCCACGGAGAACGUCGCCGGCACCGCUGCGGGCUCUGCCCCAAGGCCUUCCGCCUGCGCCGCCAGCUGCUGGGCCACCAGCGCCUCCACCAGACGGCCAACGGCCACCCCCACGGCCACCCCACGGCGUCGCCGAGCGCCGCCGAGGGGGAGGAGGUGUCCCCUCAACACCACGACCCAACCGAGGGGGAGGUGGAGGGCUCCACGGCGCCCACCGCCGCGUUACGGGUGGAGAAGGUGGUGGGACACGUAGAUGGGAUGGUGUUGGAGGAGCCCUUGGUGCCACCAACCACGUUACGGGUGGAGGAGAAGGUGGUGGAGGACUCUGUGAGGUCACCAACCACAUUAAGGGUGGAAGAGAAGGUGGUGGGACACCUGGAGGGGACAGAGAUGGUGUUGGAGGAGCCCUUGGUGCCACCAACCACGUUACGGGUGGAGGAGAAGGGGUCACCAGGACACCCACAGGCCAUGGAGAUGGUGUUGGAGGAGCCCUUGGUGCCACCAACCACGUUACGGGUGGAGGAGAAGGUGGUGGGACACCCAGAGGCCAUGGAGAAGGUGUUGGAGGAGCCCUUGGUGCCACCAACCACGUUACGGGUGGAGGAGAAGACGGGGGGACACCAAGAGGGGACAGAGAUGGUGUUGGAGGACUCUUUGGUGUCACCAACCACGUUAUGGGUGGAGGAGAAGGGGUCAUCAGGACACCCAGAGGCCGUGGAGACGCUGUUGGAGGAGCCCUUGGUGCCACCAACCACGUUACGGGUGGAGGAGAAGACGGGGGGACACCUGGAUGGGACAGAGAUGGUGUUGGAGGAGCCCUUGGUGUCAUCAACCACGUUACGGGUGGAGGAGAAGGAGGUGGGACACCUGGAGGGGACAGAGAUGAUGUUGGAGGACUCUGUGAGGUCACCAACCACGUUACGGGUGGAGGAGAAGGGUUCUCCAGGACACCCAGAGGCCAUGGAGACGCUGUUGGAGGACUCUGUAGCACCACCAGAGGUGCCUGUACAACACCUAAAUGCCAUGGAGAAGGUGUUGGAGGACUCUGUGAGGUCACCAACCACGUUACGGGUGGAGAAGAAGGUGGUGGGACCCCAGAAGAAGCUGUUGGAGGACUCUAUGGUUCCACCACCCAGGCUACAGGCGGAGGAGAAGGUGGUGGGACCCCAGAAGACGUUGGAGGACCCCGUGGUGCCCCCAGCCCUGUCACAGGUAGAGCAGGGCCCCCCCGGGACCCCCUGACACGGGGGACGCUGUUGGGGGUCACCUCCCCCCGGGGACACCCCGUUUCCUUCUUCCCCCCCCAUUAAAUUUGGGUUGUUUUGGA